UAAGGAUCAAAGAUCAGGGGUCUGGGUUGUGAUUAAGGCUCACUGACUGGGAAAACUAGCAAGAGCUAAGUUGGAAGAAGACAAUUACUGCUAAAGCUGCACCAUGGACCUUCUGCACAGUGCAGGGGUCCAGGCCACCAGAUACCUCCAAGAAAAUUUCAUGGGCUUCCAGGACUGGUUUGUCUUCAUCUCCACUGCUGCCGACCUUAGAACAACUUUCUUUGUCUUCUUCCCCAUCUGGUUCCAGCUGAAGGAGACUGUGGGAAUCCGGCUCAUCUGGGUGGCUGUGAUCGGUGAUUGGUUCAACCUUGUUUUCAAGUGGAUCCUGUUUGGAGAGAGACCCUACUGGUGGGUACAUGAGACAGAUUUCUAUGGCAUCAUAACACCGCCUGUGAUCCAGCAGUUUCCCAUCACCUGUGAGACUGGUCCAGGCAGCCCUUCUGGUCAUGCCAUGGGGUCUUCUGGGGUCUACUACAUCAUGGUGACAGCAUUGCUAGCACAACUAUUACCACAGCAGCAAAAUACCUCAACUGCCAGGUGUCUGCGUGGCCUUCUCUGGGCAGGAUUCUGGACUGUGCAGGUCUGUGUCUGCUUAUCCCGAGUCUUCCUUGCUGCACACUUCCCACACCAGGUGAUCUCAGGUGUUAUCUCAGGGAUGUUGGUGGCAGCGGUGUUUGAGCACGUCCAGUCCAUCUACAAUGCUAGCCUGUGGCGAUAUGUGGGCACUACCUUCUUCCUCUUCGGCUUCGCCCUGGGCUUUUACCUGCUGCUCAAGUUGAUGGGAGUGGACCUCCUGUGGACUUUGGAAAAGGCCCACAAGUGGUGCGAACGGCCAGAGUGGGUCCAUAUAGACACUACGCCCUUUGCCAGCCUGCUUCGCAACCUGGGCGUUCUGUUUGGGCUGGGACUAGGCCUCAACUCCCCAAUGUAUGCGGAAAGCUGCAAACGGAAGCAAAGCCAACAGCUGACCUUCUGCCUCAGCUGCAUCAUUUCCUCACUGUUCAUCCUGCACCUAUUUGAUUCCAUUGAAUUGCCCACUGACAAGGAAAUCCUCUUCUACUUCCUCUCCUUCUGCAAAAGCACCUGUGCUCAUAUUUGUGCUGUGGCGCUAAUCCCCUAUUGUAUCUCAUGCCUCCUUCAGAAGACUGAGAAGAAAAACCUGUAGGGAACAGAAACCUUGGAAUAGCGCUACCUUGGACAUGCUUCAUCAGCCUUCAGCACUCAGGCCUAAAGGUUUAUAAACGAAGGAAUGCUGUUGACUUUUUUGUGGGAGAUCAAACAAAGUCCACCUGACUCCCACACACUAAUACGCUCUCUUCCAGAUUAUGGUCAGGAGCAUUCUAAAACCCUAGCAGAAAGGGUAUGGGUGUCUUUGCUGGGGAGGGAGAAAGUGACUGACACUUGGAUCUGUCAAGAAAAAAAUCAGGGUAGUCCAAAAUGGAAUAGAGGGUAGUUAAAGUACAUUUUGUUAGUCUUAAAGCGAGCUGGAUCCAUUGAUGAAGUACAUCUUGUUUAUUCAGCAGUGGCCCAUGGGAAUUGAUUUUUUCUGCUCUGCCUGCUUGGUCUUUUUUAAAUCACCAGUCUCCGCCUGUAUGACCUUCCCUAAGUUCCUGUCCCUGUCUGAAUGUGUGCACGCUUGCAUCUCCUUAUUUGUCUCUGUCACUCCCUCAGCCACUGUUCUUUGUCUUUGCCAUUCGCCCCUGCACUGUGGUCUUGGGUAUUCAUGUUUCACCCUAUUUAUCAUCUGUACAGAUUUUUGUUGAGAGCUUUAUGCAUAAUUUCUCAUAAUAUACCACCCAUUUUAAUCAUGUGUUUGGUACAAUAUAGGCACAACCGUGCAAACAUUAA